UUGUUUAUGGUUUAUUUUGCCUUUGGCUAAUAUAGAAGUUUACAAUUUGCGAUUGUCCUCAUUUCAUUUUUGUUAUUUUAUUGAUUUAAAUUGGUUUUCUAUGAUACACCAGUCCAAAUUUCAUGCCUUAAUAAUUCCGGACUGAUGUAUAUUGUUUAUAUCCGUCAAAUCAACGAUGGGCUUUGAAACCAAAAGAUUUCAAGGUGACGUUGACGAAGAACUUAUUUGCCCUAUUUGUUCAGGAGUUUUGGAAGAUCCUUUACAGGCGCCUGCUUGCGAACAUGCGUUCUGUCGUGCCUGUAUAACUGAAUGGAUAAGUCGCCAGCCGACUUGUCCCGUAGACCGGCAGGCAGUUACAGCAAGCCAGUUGCGACCUGUUCCAAGAAUACUACGCAACUUGCUAUCCAGGUUGAGCACUCGGUGUGACAACUCAGUUCAUGGCUGCAAUGCAAUAUUAAAACUGGACUCCUUGCCUUCUCAUCUUGCCGAAUGCGAAUACAACCCCAAGAGGCCGAUGCCUUGCGAGAAGGGCUGCGGUCUUGUAAUACCCAAAGACGAGCUAGCGGACCACAACUGCGUCCGAGAGCUGCGGGCCCUCAUAGCGACCCAGCAAGGCAAGCUGACGGAGUACCAGCAGGAGUUGGCCGAGCAACGGCUGGUCAUCAACGAGCACAAACGGGAACUGGCACUGUUGAAAGAGUUCAUGCGGGCCAUGCGCGUGUCGAACCCCACGAUGCGCGCGCUGGCCGAGCAGAUGGAGCGCGACGAGGUGGCGCGCUGGGCCGCCUCGCUGGCCCGGGCGCGGGUGACGCGCUGGGGCGGCAUGAUCUCCACGCCCGACGACAUGCUGCAGGUGAUGAUGAUUAAAAGGAGUCUGUCAGAAUCUGGCUGCCCGCCGCACAUCAUCGACGAGCUGAUGGAGAACUGCCACGAGAGACGGUGGCCGCCCGGGCUGUCUUCCUUGGAGACCAGGCAGAACAACAGAAGGUUAUACGAGAAGUACGUGUGCAAGCGGGUGCCCGGCAAGCAAGCGGUGCUGGUGCUGCACUGCGACAACGCGCACGUGGACGAGCACAUGAUGCUGGAGCCCGGCCUCGUCAUGAUAUUCGCACACGGCAUCGAAUAACGAGUGAACAGUUUACCACAAAGAUAUAUGUCACUGGAGUCAUCGUUAUUUAAGAGAUCUGGAUCGAGCAUGAACUGAGCUCAUGGCAUCCUAUCAUAUACAAUACAAUAUGUAGAUAUGUUGCUGGAGUAAUCGUAAUUAAAGAGUAUCCAGUUUGGAUCGAGCAUGAUCUGAGCUCGUGGCGUCCUAUCAUAUACAAUAUACAAUACAAUAUGUAGAUAUGUUGCUGGAGUAAUCGUAAUUAAAGAGAACCCAGUCUGGAUAGAGCAUGCAGUUUACCACAAAACAUGUCGCUGGAGUAAUUGUAAUUAAAGAGUAUCCAGUCUGGAUCGAGCAUGAUCUGAGCUCGUGGCGUCCUAUCAUAUACAAUACAAUAUAUAGAUAUGUCGCUGGAGUAGUCGUUAUUAAUACUACCCAGUCUGGAUAGAGCAUGCAGUUUACCACAAAACAUGUCACUGGAGUCAUCGUAAUUUAAGAGUAUCCAGUCUGGAUCGAGCAUGAUCUGAGCUCGUGGCAUCCUAUCAUAUACAAUAUACAAUACAAUAUAUAGAUAUGUCGCUGGAGUAAUCGUAAUUAAUACUACCCAGUCUGGAUAGAGCAUGCAGUUUACCACAAAACAUGUCACUGGAGUAAUCGUAAUUAAUAUUACCCAGUAUGGAUUGAGCAUGAUCUCAGCUCAUGGCAUCCUAACAUAUACAAUACAAUAUAUAGAUAUGUCGCUGGAGUAAUCGUAAUUAAUACUACCCAGUCUGGAUAGAGCAUGCAGUUUACCACAAAACAUGUCACUGGAGUAAUCGUAAUUAAUAUUACCCAGUAUGGAUCGAGCAUGAUCUGAGCUCAUGGCGUCCUAACAUAUACAAUACAAUAUAUAGAUAUGUCGCUGGAGUAAUCGUAAUUAAUAUUACCCAGUAUGGAUCGAGCAUGAUCUGAGCUCAUGGCGUCCUAACAUAUACAAUACAAUAUAUAGAUAUGUCGCUGGAGUCAUAAUCAUCAUAUCGAAAAAGUAUCCGGAAUACAGGUGAAUCUGGACUCAAAAUGAUAUCGGUCCAUGGCAUCAAGUAAUCAUACUGUUCACCGCAAAUUACUAGGAAACUAAACUGAGUAAGAUUGGUAGGUUUUAUGAUCGACCAAUUCUUCAGGUUAUAAGAACACUUUGUGUGAAAGAGUCGGGCAAGUUUCGGUGAUACUAUUUUUCCGCCGCAGCAUUGAGGAAGCAACACAAACUUACUUUCUAACAAGAAUUAGUUCUAAAGUUCUAGUUCGACCCCAGCGAAGAUAUACCAUUUCACUCGAAAAGAAGUCUCCCAAAAUUCCAGUUACGAGAAGUGAUUAAAAGUUGUGGUUUAGUGUUGCUAGGUGCAAAAAAUUUACUGUAAAAGACCAAUGAUUUUGUACAAUAUAUACGAUUGUUUGAUACGUGUGUUGAUGAAGUAUUUUUUAAGUAUUACAAUGUUUUUUUAUAGUGUUAAUUUUGUAGUCUGGUUACUUGAAGACGCGCGUCGAAUAGAUGUGAAAUGUGUGUAAAUACAUGUGGAUAGCACGCCAUAAAAUGCAAAGCAUUUGUGGUAGUGCUUUAUAUUCGAUGACUGAAGAGAUUUUGGCGGGAAUACAAACGAUUAUUAUGCUGUUUAUGCUAAUAAUGAUAUGCUCUUUAUGCUAAUAAUGGUCUGUUGUUGAUAAUUAAAUGCUUGUGGAAGUGAAGAAGAAGAUUUUAUCAUUGAAAUUGAAAAGAAAGAAAAAUAUCAUUGAAAAGAAAACAGAUGUAUAGCAUCUAAAUGACUGGACCAUGACUAGAACUGAUCCUCUGACUGAUUACAAAAUCCGAUAUCGUCAAGUUUGACAUGCGUCUUCAGGUUGUAGCGGAGUAGUAACGGAAUGUGAGUGGCGAAGUACACGGUAAAAAGAAACGAAUUGUAUUUGUUCGCUUAUUGGAAUGAGUAUAAUCUUUAUGAACUAUCUGAACUUGACGGAAAAUUACGUUAUUUUUCAUUAAGGGUAGAUGUAGGUGUUAUCCCAUCGAAUGCUAAAAAAAAGGAAAUUUUAUAUGAUAAAUAUCAAUAAUCUUUUAUUUAAAAUUACUUAGUAUCUAUAAAUACUGGGUGUUGAUGACUGACUGUGUAACUGACAAACACGCCUCACUGAGGCUUAUAUAGUAUUAUGUAGCUUUGACAAAUAUUAAUAUGUAAGAAACAACUUAAAUUUAUUUUAUUGAAAAAUUAAAAUGACGUGAAAAAGUGCCUGCAAAGGCCUAUUUACUGAAUUUUUUUUUUUUUAUUAUUAAAUGAUUUUGAUUUUGACAGAUACGGAAGUUUAUUAUGCGUAAGACGCUACAAUUAGACACGUAAAUAUUAUCUUACAAUUUAAAUAUCUUCUUCCUAAACUAAAAUAAUUUCAGACAAUUCCUCAGAUAGUUCAUAAAGUUGAAAGAUUUGGUCUCUGUCUAACCCUCCGGGAAAGAAGCAUGUAUGUAGUUCAUAAAGUUGGUUGGUGAAUGUAAGUUUGUAACGAUACUAAUUCUUAGUUAAAAUUGGAGUAUUGAACAUUCCCUAUCGCAAGACUGGUUCUUACAACAAAGCUUCAAAAUGUACUUUAACAGUUUCUUAAUGUCUUUCUUUAAAUGUUUCUUAAUGUCUUUCUUUAAAGUAACGUGUCUUUAAAUGAAUGUACAGAAUCAUUUCUGUCCAUUUGUAAAAAAUAUUUGGCCUAUUGUGUUUGGAUUAUUCUUUAUUUCACACAUAUUAAGCUUUGUUGAAAACCCAGCCUACAAAGGAACAUUUUGAAUAGGUUUAUAAAUGCCAGUAAAAUGUUUUCUACAUAUUUUUUUUAUAAUCAGUGAUGAUCGAGUGCUGUGUUAAGAUAUAGUGUGUAUUUUUGUUCAAUAUAAAUCGUGUAUUACUGCCUUUUUGAGUGUUCCAAAAUUCCUGUAUAACAAGACUUGACAAUCAAUUUAGUUAGUUCAUAGUUUACAUGUUUUGUUUGUGUUUUUUUAAUUGGCGUUAAAAUUAAUAUAUUUAGCUCAAUUGCAAUUGAA